CGCACUGCAGUCAAGUGCGAGGUUUUGUCUCCGGGACGUGGUGACUGGCCCGUCCCAAGCUCGCGACGUGGACGGUAGACGAUUAAAGAAAUGGUCCGGUUCUUUAAUGGCAGCAUCCAGAACGAGUCGAGAUUUCCAUUGUGAGAGGGCAAUGGAUCAAGGCCAAGCGACCGAGGUAAUUGAGGUCGACGACGAUAGUACCGACGUGAUGGGCGCGAGCCGUGUGCCGCCACAGCGCAGCCACGGGGUGACGACCGACACGCUCGACUCUAACCGCAAGCCCAAAGACCUCUCCAUGCCGAACAGCGACAAGGACGCGGUGGGCCAGGACGAACUACGGGACGGGGCGACGCUCGACCGCGUACCUCACGGUGUCUCGCCCGACGGGGCGUGGCCGGUGCGAUGGACGUCGUCCUGGCGAUCGUUUGACGACCUUAUGACCACGGUGGCCAAUCUGCACGCACGCUGCAAGACGGAGGUCACGUGCGAGGCGCGGCCGUUUAACGAGCACGCGUUCGGCCGGGCCUUUCCCGCUGCGAUCUUUUGCGCCGGGACACCCGAGCGCGGUGCCUUGGUGUGUUCGCACGACGCCUGCGACUACCGCAUCGGCUUUGCCUACAACUACCACCUCGCGCUCUACACGGUGCACCCCUCGGCGACGCGCUUGCGACACUGCCACGACAUUGUGUCAGCGGCGCCGCCGUCAUCGCUUCUCACGCCGCUUGAUCACGACACGCUCUAUGCAGCCGGCGUCGGCGCCCGCCUCUGGCCCACGCCGUGGCCGGCGCAGUGGUCCACGUUUUCGGACCUCCAGGGCUUUGUGGCGUGGAUGCAGAUCGCGUUUGAGACGUCGCUCGCCAACGACGUCCGGUGCUUUACGCCGGCGGCCUUUGCAGCCACGUUCCCGGACACACCCUGGAACGACCGGUGCGUGCAGCGCGGGUUCUUUUACUGCAACGCGGCCCACGACUGCCCGUUCCGCCUCUACUAUGCGUUCGACGCCGCGACUGCCAUAUACGCGGUCAUGACGACGACGUCGCGCCUCGCGCACAGCCAUGAGACCAAAGGCGGCGCAGUCGAUGCAACGCGUGCCGUGGUACCGCCACGAACGACGAUGGCCAAGCCCAAGAUUGGGAUCGUCGCGCCGUCAGCCUGUAUUGGCGAGCGCAGUCGUAGCAGCAAGCGCAAGCGCCGAGCAGUAGCAGUCGCCGACGACGAGAGCAGCGAAGACGAGAACAUCGAACAAGCCAACCGACGCAAGACGCUCCGGGGCCACUUUCAGGCCAUCUGCAAGAAGGCGAUAGGCAACACGCUCUUUUACGAGUACGCCCAGCUCGUGCUCGCCAACUUGAACACGCCCCACGACGGCGAUACCGACGACGACGACGAGACGGUCGAGGCGUACCAGCCCACGAAGAGCGGCGACCCUCAGUCACGCCUAACGCGAUAAGAGGCAUGGACUCGGCUCGUAUGUUGUCUGGCUCUGCGUUGUUGUUCCGACUAGAGGAAGGUCAAGGUGGUGGUCGCUGCCGUGCCAUAGCCCACACAUGUGAUGUCUCUA